ACCGGUAGCGUCCUUCCGCCCUUUUCCCGGGAAAUCAGUGGUUAUCCCUGGAGUAGCGACUGAGAUUUGGGCAGGCCCCGGCCCUGAAGAUGCUCCCGUACAACUGCCGGAGCUCGGGGUGAGGCCCGGGGCGGCUCCCCUCCCCCAGUCAUGCCUCCCGGACCCCCGUGAAACCCUUACCGGCCUUCCCGAAGUUCCUUGAGCAGAGAGCACCAUGGAGCUGGAGCUGGGCUGGGCGGCUCUGGUGCUCCUCUUCGCCGCCUCCCUGCUCACCGUCUCGGCCUGGCUGUUGCAGUAUUCCCGGGGCGUGUGGAGCGGCCGGGGAAAGCCGGAGACCUCGGGAGGAGCUCUAAGGGAAGCAGGCAUCUGGAAGUCCUUACUGAGGCUGCGAGUGGCUCGGGACGGAGCUCCCGAGGAGGCGGUAGCGGGGGCCAGAGGGCUCCUUGCCUCGCUGUUUGCCUUCAGAUCCUUCCGGGAGAACUGGCAGCGAGCUUGGGUGCGAGCUCUCAACGAGCAGGCCUGCAGGCACGGGAGUUCAAUCCAAAUCACGUUUGAAGAGAGUCCUCAGCUUCCACCAGCGGUGAAUAUAAGUCACGUGACUUGCACAGACCAGGCAGACCACAGUAUGGUGUUGCACUGCCAUCUGUCAGCUGAUGCUGUGAAGUUCCCAGUCUCUGUCACUCAGCAGUCUCCAGCUGCUGUUGCCCUGGAUACCUAUCAUGUCACCUUAGCUCUGCUGCAGGCCCAGGUGGAGAUCCGUUUGGAGGAGCUGCAGAAUGAGGGCCUGCUGGUGUCAUGGACAUUCAAGAACAGACCAGACUUGAACCUUUCAGUUGUUCCGAAACUUCAGCCCCGUGAAAAGAAUGAUGGGAAAGUGGAUCUGUCCACCAUAAAGGACCUGAUUGAGGACUCAGUUAUCAGCACCCAGCCUGCCAUGAUGGUGAAUCUGAAGGCAUGCACUGCUGGUAGUAAUAUGAUGUCCUGUGAAAAACUGUCCCAAGAGUCCUCAUCUAAUAUAGUGGCCUCUACAGUGUCCAAGUUGCUUCUCCGGCAUAUGCAGGUGCUCAACUUGAGCUGUGAAAAGGAAGGAGGAGGUGGGAAGCUAUGCUGUGUAGCCGAGCUAGACAGUCCUUUGCAGCAGAAAUGGACAAAGCCAGCGAGAGCAAGCAUCUCCAGUGCUGCAGCAGCGGUGGAGUGGAAUGAGGAGCUCAUGCUGGAGCUGGGGCCACGAAGCAAAGAGUUGAAGCUGAGAGUACUGGGGAACAGCAGUGGUGGGGAGAAUGUGCUUCUGGGAUAUACUGCUGUUUCACUUGACUCCUGCACCAAACAGCCAUCUGGGAGGCUGAUCUAUUCCCUGAGUCCAGGAGCUGGACAGCUGCUGACACCUGCGGCUACCCUUACGCUGGAGCUGCUCUACCACGAGUCUCCUUUGUCCCCGAAUCCCCAGUAUGCCACAUCGCUGCGCACCAGCAUCACUCCCACCAAAAAAAUUGAAAUGGACCGUACCAUCAUGCCUGAUGGCACCAUUGUGACCACUGUCACCACCGUCCAGUCCAGACCCAAGGUGGACUGUAAGCUGGAUUCACCUUCGAGGUCCCCAUCCAAAGUGGAAGUGACAGAGAAGAUGACGACAAGGCUUUCAGAGAGCAGUUGUCCCAGCACUGCCUUAGCCAGCAACAGCUGGGACAGUCACAUGUCCAAUGGCUUGGAUCCUGUGGCCGAGACAGCAAUCAGGCAGUUGACUGAAACAAAUAACAAAUCUGCCAAGAAGACCCCUACAAAACGCAGCACACUUAUCAUCUCGGGAGUUUCCAAGGUACCAAUUGCCCAAGAUGAAAUGGCACUUUCUCUUGGUUAUGCGGCAUCUAUGGAGGCCACCAUGCAUGGAUACUCCAUAAUGGCAGGCAUGUGUGACCACCCGCAGAGCUCCACUGAGCCAACCCAGCUGCUGGAAGCAUCGUUCUCAGGACAGAGAGCUAGUCAGGAGCUGGAUGAGACAACACGAUCAGACAUCUCUGAGAGACCCUCGGUGGAGGAUGUGGAAUCUGAAACUGGCUCCACAGGAGCCCUCGAGACCAGGAGCUUAAAGGAUCACAAAGUCAGCUUUCUCCGGAGCGGCACCAAGCUCAUCUUCCGGAGGAAGAAUAAGCAGAAGGAAGCAGGCCUGAGCCAGUCGCAUGAUGACCUGUCCAAUGCCAGCACCAGCUAUGCCACCAGGAAGAAAGCCAGCAGCUUCUCCCGGCGCCUCAUCAAGCGCUUCUCCUUUAAGUCUAAAUCAAAACCCAAGGCCAACGCCAGCACAACAUCGAUGGGCGAGAAGUAAGCUGAGGCGGACACUGCCCCUCCCCUGGUGCUUUAUGUUGGUUGAGGAGCUACCUAUGAAACCCUUCAGUGGACACUGUAGCAGCUUCCCUGGAAGGCUGAAGAUAGUGAAAUACACAUAUUUGAGGUUAGACUGAACAUAAACUACGAUCUGAACAUGACUUUGAAUAAGAGAAACAAGCAACUUCUGAGCCGGAACUUAACUGUUUCCUAAGUUUUGAAUUGAGCUUUAAUUCUUCGUAAACAACAAAUGGAAUGGGCUGGCUCUGCUGGAGAGGAUGUGACUAUGGAAAUGCCAGUGCAGGUUGUUUUGUACUUCUUGAAAUGUAAGAAUCCAGGCACUUCAGUACACCCAGAUAGCCGUUUACAGGUGGCUGCAGGGCCUGGUGGAUAUCUCCUUAGCAGGGUUAAACAAGGAGUCACGUCUUUACUUUCUUAUGAGCUUUUAUUUAAAGUGUCUGGUAAUUGGGUGAUGGUAUUCUUAGAGCAGGGUUGCUCAGUUGUAUGGUCUUGGUUAAAUGACACAUUCUUCUCCUGUUCUGCAUCUUCACAUUUGUACCCAGUAUUUUUCAUAGGUAGCUGCUACCAUGCACAAACAGUAGAUUGUGGGACUUUUGCCCAUGCCUUUUGUGUACUUCUGGGUACCUGAUAUAUAAGGAAUGCUGAUGCUUCAGCCUCGCAAUUAGGUGGGAUUAGGUCAAGUAACUGAUCUACCUUUGGCAUACUUCCAGGUGAAAGAGGCCAUGUACAUCUUUAGCAUCCAAACACUUUGAGAAUUUGAUGUGUUUAAGGAGCAAGUCCUGUGGGAUUUUAUUUUCAAAAUUGGUCCUUGAGUCUUAAAAGAUCUAAGUUUUUCUUUCUGUACUUGUAUUUAUUGCUUUGAAAUGUUUGCGAUGUAAACUACCUUUCACAGAGGCUGUCAUACCCUCAGAGGGUUAUUUAUUCCCUCAACCACUUGAUUGCUCAUCUUGGUGCUAUCACAGUAAUUUGUGGUAUAGCCGCCAGGAUCUGCAAGGAUGAAGAUGGCAGAUUUUUCUGCACUCUUUAGAUUAAAGCUGCAGAGCAUCUCCUUAAAGGGUCACUGGGGUCAAACACGUAAAUGUAAUAAAAACUGGUUGUUUACCAAAUAUCAGUGUGUUGAUGUGUAUUGGAGGAAAACUGAAUGUAAAGUUUUAGGGUUUGCUUGCUUUUUGGGGGUGGGAGGGAAGAAUUGCAUUCUUUUGACACAUCUGCUGUGCAUAUAGUGCAACAUUCUGCUGGCUGUUUGAGAACCAAAAAGUGAAAGUGAUUCUGAACAAAUGAAAACACAGUGUCAUUGCCUAGGCUGAAGCUAAUGUAAAAACUACACAAUGUAAAUGAAUGUUAGUCUCUAAUGUGAUGGUAAUAACACACAGCUAAAGAAAUGCAUUUUAAAAAUUAGUUUUUAAUUUGAAUGCCCUUUUCUAAUUAGCCAUCAAAGCUGUUAUUUAAGCCUAUAGAUGAAAAAUUAAAGUCCAUUUUCUGUCCUUAGUCUACAGGCAAUCUCAUCUCAUGUCAAUAGAAACUGCAUGCGUAGAUGAGGGAUGCUAUGCAGUUUUAAAUGUUAAGAGACACACACACAUACAGGCUUAAGUGCAAAAGGCAGUGUAAUGGAGAUCUCUCUUUUGAAGGAUGUUUCAGAAAGCUUCUUGUUAAUGGAACCUAAUUGUGUGUGUGUUGGGGAGUGGGGUUCUUUGUAAACAGCAUUGUUCGGCUAUCUUUUUACAGGCUAUAAUAUGAACUGAUUGAAAAGGAGAGGUAUGAUCAGUAGGUCUGCUUACUAGCCUUUACAGACUUUGUGGUGAACCAAAAUGGCAAUCCUCCCCAUUCCCAUAGGCAUUUUUUGUAAUGUGGUAUAUUUAAAAAAUAAAAUAAAAAUGAAAACUGCUUCUCACAAAUAUCUGUUGAAUACACUUAAGAAUUUCAUGGUCAGAUGAGUUGAGGUAAUGGAAAGGGGACUACAGCCAGGCAGAGAAUAGGACAAAUAACUGGGGUGAAGUUGGGGAUAUUGAAAAAUUUUAUACAGACCUCUGCAAAUUGUUCACUCUUUACUCAGCUAAGUUAAUUACUGCUGUUCAAAUUAGAAUAUGCAUAUAUGUAUAUACAGGGUGCGUAUGUGUACAGAAGUUUUCUUCUGUUUCCUCUAAGUUAACCUUACUUAGGGACUUGUUUCCUGUGAAAACUUCUUUCUUUGGGUUAGAUUUCAAAUCUAUAGAGCUGGGGGCUUGUGGGCAACUAGCAAGCCAAUCUGAUCCCGGAUGAGACAGCAGCUGUGACUUAGAUCUUAUUUGUUCCUUUCAGCUGUCUUUUUCUUCCCUUCCUGUACAUAAUUAAUAUACAGUGAAGGUGUCAUAUCCUUGGUAGCAGAGAUUCAGUGAAACCUCUUGUAAAAUAAAAAGCAGGUGUGUACCAUGUGAUAUUGUAGCUCCUUUACAUGAGUGCCCCUCAACUCAGGACUUCUUCCACAGGUAUCUGCUUGCUUUGCUCACUUGUACAGGUUCUGGAGCAAACACCCACACUGAGUCUGAGCUAGUGCCCCAUGCUUGUGCUCUUUUUUGUACUUCGAUGCCUUCUUCGUGGGUGGAUUAUUUUAACACCAGAUUUCAAUACAAAGAAAAAUAGGAACUGUUUAGCUAUUUAAGAGAUUAGAGUACAAUGAUUUAUUUAAAGAUGAAAUGGAUGAAAUUCUGCACCUUUGUAAAUGUUUAAGAAGAUUUCCAUUGCUGUGUAAUGGCCUGAAUUUGUUAACUUAUUAAACUAAAUGGAAGUUUAUAAA